CUCCUUCCCAGGUGAGUGUAAUCGCUGUGUACCUGCCGCCAGUUAAUCGCCUCUACCUGCCCGCCCCCACCUGGCGAGCACCAUGCAGCUGGCGGCACUGACAGCCACCCUCCUCACGCUGGUGGCGGCGGCGGCUGCGCAGGACAAGGCCUCGGGGCUCGCCGUGACGCAAGCCAAGAGGGCGGGAUGGUCCUCAAUGCGCGGCGCUUGGGGCAAGAGAACCACGGAGGAUGCCCCCGACCACGGCCUGCAGGACGGUGAGGAGAAGAGAGGCAACUGGAACAAGUUUCAAGGCUCGUGGGGGAAACGCGCGGACGAGCUGAGCGAGGACGCGGCGCUGCAGGCUGCCGAGGACAAGAGGGGAAACUGGAACAAAUUUCAAGGGUCGUGGGGUAAGCGAGGUGACGAGGCUGCCACCGAGGACGACCUUCAGGACGCCGAGGACAAGAGGACCAGCUGGGGCAAGUUUCAAGGCUCAUGGGGCAAGAGAGGCGACGACCUUCUCCCAAUUCCCGACGUGGACGACAAACGCAACAACUGGAGCAAGUUCCAAGGCUCGUGGGGCAAGAGGGCUGGCUGGAGCAGUCUUCAGGGCGCGUGGGGCAAGAGGGCCUGGAGCAACCUACAAGGCGCCUGGGGAAAGCGUUCUGACGGCGGCGACGACGCGGAGGAUGAGGCGCUAGAGGAGGAGGAGCUGCAGGUGGCCCCCGAAGCCCUGGCAAGGAUGGUCGCUGUGGGUCCCGUCAAGCGCGGCUGGGCACUGUGGGGCAAGAGGCCAGACUACCCCGCCAUCUCACCCCGCUCUACCAACUGGUCAAGUCUUAGGGGCACGUGGGGCAAGCGCAGCGGGGACUGGAGCAACCUUAGGGGGGCCUGGGGCAAGCGGAACCCCAACGACUGGGCCCACUUCAGGGGUUCCUGGGGCAAGAGGACUCCAGACUUCCUGCUCUCAGCCUAGAUCUCGCUCUCGUCGCCUGCCCCGCCGCCUGCCCGUCGCGUGGCCCCCCCUCACCCCCACCACCAGCCAGGACUCGCCGCCGCCCCCCCACCAGGCGGCGGCGCUGCGGGCGGGGUCGCGAGCCACCUCCGUCACCUACGUCUACUCAGCGCGGAGCAACACUUGACUCCCGGUCGUUUUGAGCGCUAGCAGAAAUAUAUUCAAAGGAGACUCCAUCUUAGCAAUCCUGGUUAUGUUGUUUAAUUUUUCCCCUCAACAAAAGUCUUCAUGUGUGAGCCCCAAGAAGUGAGUGAAGUGAGGACGGUUCUGUGGGUUCUGAUCACCAAAGAGAGAGAGAGAGAAAAAAAAAUAUAUCCAUGAAGAUGCUGUCUCGUGGACCGACCUAAUGACCUUCCCGACUGUCUCCUGUCUCAUCUGGUUCAUGGUGUUCUUCGCCUGACGGAGGGCUGCCGGGAUGGGGCGGCGCCUUCCCUUCCUUCCCUUCCCUCCCCUCCCGCUUGUCGUCCACACACAGAGGGACGCCCCGCAGAAUACUCAUAUGUGUAGCCAGCCUGUCACGACGCUGUAAAUUUAGAGAGAAAAAACAAGAUGAUAAUAUUUUUGAUGUGUUUUAGGAUGUUGGCAGCCCACGGAGGAUAUUGUGACCUGCCAACCAUCCUUCCUCAUCCUCUCAUCCUCCCCGGCCCCUCGCAGGCGUGACUGUGUGUGUUUAGCCCUCAGCCGCCGGGGAGCUGGGCUAGUCAUACUGUUUAUCUGUGUGAGUGCGUGUGUGCGUGCGUGAGUAACUGUAGGUGCGUGUCUGUCAGGUACCCAUCAAUAAAGAGCUGCACAAGUGUCAA